AUAGACACUUUGUUUUUGUUUCCGUUUGCGAGUGGCCGGCAUAGAGAAGAGUGGAAAAAAAGAAAGCACUUUGGAAAAUGAAGUCGAAAUUCUUGAGUUGUUGGUUACUGGGGUUGUUGUUCUAUUUUUGGUGUCCUGACCUUUGUGAUGCAGAGCCUGCCAUACCAGAACAGGUUCAUAUAUCUUUAGGAGAAAGAAUUAACGAAAUGACCAUAAUGUGGAGCACGUUCAAGAGCACCGACCUGACAACUGUGCUGUAUGGAACUUCACCAGACGAGUUGAAUUACAGUGAAAACGGUACAUGGCAGCUGCUGAAUAACAAAGGGACUUAUCAGUACAUCCAUACAGUGAAACUGAAGGAUCUUUUAGUAGCAACAAAGUACUAUUACAGAGUAGGUGAUGGAAAAAUUUUCAGCCGAGUUUUCGACUUCAGAACUUUACAGAAGGGAACUGAUUGGAACCCACGAGUAGUGAUAUAUGGAGAUCUAGGUUACAGAGAUGGGAUUUCAGCGAAAUUGCUAAAGGAAGAGGUCGCUAAUGAAACGGUCGAUGUCAUUAUACACAAUGGAGACAUAGCAUAUGACCUUCAUACGAACAACGGCCGAGUGGGCGAUAACUUCAUGAACAUGAUAGAGCCAAUAGCUUCAAGAGUACCGUAUAUGGUGUCCGUGGGAAAUCACGAAGCUUUCAAUUGGAACUAUACGAAUUACAAGACCAGAUUCGAUAUGCCUGGUACAGAAGACAACUUAUGGUACAGCUUCAAAUUAGGUCCAGUCCAUUUUGUAGUAAUGAGCACAGAAGUGUACUUUUUCCUUCUUUAUGGAGGGCUGGAAUCUGUACACUCUCAUUACCAGUGGCUUGAUGACACCCUUCGGCAAGCAAAUCUUCCACAGAACAGAGCGAAAUGGCCUUGGGUCGUGACGUUAGGUCAUAGGCCAAUGUAUUGUUCCAAUACGGCUUUGCGAUACUGCAGGCUGGAAUCAAAUCCCGUAAGAGUUGGUCUACUUCGUAACUAUGGCUUGGAAAAAUUGCUAUAUGAACAUGGUGUAGAUGUUGCGUUCUGGGGACACAACCACUGCUAUGAGAGAUUAUUCCCUACGUACGAUGGACAGGUAUAUAAUGGUAGUUUCUCUGAUCCAUACAGAAACCCUAAAGCGCCUGUUCACAUAACUAGCGGAGCUGCGGGCAAUCAAGAAGGCUCCACCAACAUCAGGAAUUCCCGCCAACCAUGGAGUGCUUUUGCAAGUAUAGAAAAAGGUUACACGCGUAUGAUACCGCACAAUAAAACACAUCUUUAUCUCGAACAAGUAUCCGCAGAAAAGAAUGGCAAAAUCAUCGAUAAAUUCUUCAUUAUCAAAGAUAAACACGGCUCUUACGCUAAACUCUUCCCAGAAAAUGCCCAAAAGAGGAAAAGCAAGAGAAAAUUAAGAAUCGGUCGCCUUUUUGGUCUUUAACGGAAAGCGAUUAAUAAAGAAGCUAAGAAGCAGAUGGAAUGGUUACAAAAAGACUCACUGAUGCGGAAAAAUGCAGCUUAAAUUCGGGACUGAUGGUGGAAAAGGAGAGAAAAACUUGGCCAUAUUGCAGGAUCCCUCAGUGGAACAAAUGGAAAAUAUCUCUGUUCCUUCACUAUUUCAGAGGUUUUAUAUGGACAUUCUUUUAUUUUAUGCUGACACAUUUUAUUACUUUCCAAAAAUACAUUUAUUACCUAUCCUAUAAGAAGUUAACUUUAAAAUAGAAAUUUUUCAUCCUACCUUUCCGAGGUUGAAGACACAGAAAAAUAACAUUUCUUAACCAAAGAUUUGCUAACUUAACCUUUUAACUGCUUAAGGGUUUUGGGUCCGGAACCCUUAAUUUUCCAUAGUUGCCAUGAGAAAGAAAUAUUUUCUUGAUUAUAAAACUAAAAUGCUUGUAUACCUAGAUUAUUUUACUUUUAGUACACUGCCUUAAUUUUUUGGACGUAUUUCAAGAUGCACUAUAUAUACGUACUUAACGGUGUUAAAAUAUGUUUUUUAGAACGUAUAUAUGCUGCUUGGAAGGUUGAAGAGAUUUAAAAGGGAUAGCCAAUGAGAGGAACCCUAGCUUGACUUCUAAAUAGAACAAGAGAAGUUUUAAUUUCAUCCAAAACUGUGUGAUUUGCUUUGUAAAAGAUCACACUGAAUGUUGAAGAAUGCAUGUGAGACUCUAAGCUUCGAAUGUUCUACAUAAACAGUGAACACUUAAUGUUUUUUUUUGCAAAUUUCUACUAGCGAAUCUCAGAAUCGAACGAAUCAUGAAAAAAGAAUUGAGAUUCGAAACGAAUUGUCGAGCUUCUAUCUUUAAAAUAUUUUGAAUUCUAAUUUAACAAACCUUUAAUGUUUUUCUCUGAAAACGUUAAGAUUAGUUAUUAAACUAAUCUUAACGUUUAAAUAAGUUUAGUUACAUAAACCUCCAAUAGAAGCUUUCAUUAAAUAAAAGAAAACUUUUUCCGGAUGUAAGAAAUAAUUAAUUAAGAAUUUGAUUAAGAAAUUUAAAAAAAGGAUUUUUAUUAAUUUUCUAGAGAAUGUUUCGUAUUGCACUUCGAAUAUUUAUGCUGACUCUUAAAUUAAUACCCGCCUUCUUACGGUUCCUUUGAAUUAAAAAAACAUUCUGGAAAAAUGUUAAAAGCCAAACAAUUAUUCAAAUAUUUUUGCUUAAUAACGUUAAAUUAGAAACUCAGGAUUUCAGAUUUUUAAUUAUAUACUUCAUUUUAUGACUAUUAUUCUUUUAUUAAGGAUUUGAAAGACUGGAGACAUCUUUUAAAUUUCGGAUUUGAAAGUACUUUAGAAGUUUUCACAUCUUUACUUAUUAUCUUAAUUAGUUAUGUUUUCAUUAUAUAGCUACCUUUUUAAUCCAUUUAUUUUAUCUCAUGCAUUUCAAUUUUAAAUACAUACGUAUAGUUUGCACAGGAGACCUCAAAAGAAUUCACAACACAACAGCAGUAAUUGAAUCCUUGGAACAAAGAAAUUAUUAAAAAUAUAAAAGACAGUAUUGUCACAAUUUCUUUAAAAAGUGGAGAUGGUAUUUCGUGAUGCAAUUUUGACAACUUAUUAAUAAAAUUAGCAGUAUUUUUUUAUACUAUUUUCUAGUAUUACUCUGGUCACUUUGGGUUUUCAUUUAUUUCAAUUUAAGCUCAAUUUAGUUCUGUAGAAGUCCGUUUUAUUUGUAUUGAAAGCAUUUAACAAAGGGAAGUAAUAUGUUCGCAUAUGGACAGCCAUGGAAUAUAAAUACAAACCUCCCAUUAAAACAUUCAAAUAAAAUACAGUUUAGUCUCGAUUAUCCGGGCUAAUGUCGGGGAAGUAGAUUACGGAUAAUUGAAAAAUAAAUCCACAUUGUCAGUGCACAUUAUUUGUGUUUAUUUCUUGAAAUAAAUUAGAGAUUUUAUUUUGAUUUUGAGAGCGUUUAAAUAUUUGUCGAAUUUCAGUGAAUAUUUUUCGAAGCGUUUUUUUAUCAUUGCAUUUGAAUCCUCUUUUGUUGACGAAGUCCAAUAGAGUUUCAUCAAAAGUCAUUGCUUUCUCAUGAUUAAUGUAAUUUUCUGUACCUUCUUCCCAUGGUACCCUUACCACGGUUCCUUGGUUCCGUUACCUUACCACGAUUACCUCGAUUACACCGAGUAAUCGAGGUAAUCGUUGAAAAUAAACCUGAAGACGCAAUUCAGCGGAGAUUUUAGUGCAUGUUCGAACUUUUGUAUAUUUAUUUUUUACAAACUCUCGCUCGAGCUAGCGUUAAGUGUGCGUGGGUGGGCACUUCCACGCACAGAAUAUCCGCAAACCGGAUAAUCCACUCCCAAAUAAUCUAGAGUACACUGUUUGUUAAAUAAAAUUAAAUGUAACAGGAUAUUUAAACGAAUUAUAUAUGAAAAUAUUUAGUAUAAUUCUGUGUCAUGUUUCAGUGAGGGUAAAUUUGGCGAUUUGAAAAAUUUCUAAUCUAAAACGUUUUCUUCCUAGUAUUUCGUGCAAUUUUGUUUUUAAAUAUAUAAAUUUUUUAAAAAUUUCAAAGAGCUCUCGAGUAAUUAAAAUACUACAUUACAAUGGAAUAUAAAAAAAUUAUUUACGAUUUAGUAAAUCAUAAAAUAUUUGUUUAUGUUUCAUUUAACACUACAUGCUGUUUUCAUAACUUAUAAGUUAUUAUUAGAAAUAUAAAAAACAUAUUUUGAACAUUUUAUAACCUUAAAGUAGAAUUUCUGCAACUAAUAUAAUUUCUAAAAUUAUUUUCUAUCAAGGGCGCUACAAACGAAAAUAUAAUACAUAAAAGUGUGUAUUUGGCAUACAUUAUAAAAAUGAAUUUCUAAAAUAAAAACAAAAUUUAGGAAAAGUGAAAUAUUCUGGUAUUUUGAAAGAAAAUUAUCAUUUGCAAGAUAACUUUUAUGAUAAUUCUAUAUAACGACCAUGUAGUAAAAAUUAUUUUACUUUAAACUGAAAUUCGAAACGAGAAUAAUAAUAAUAAAAAAUUGUUUAUUUAACACUUCUUUCCCUCCCCCGAAAAAAAUUAUUAAACUGUAGAGCGAAAAAAUACUUCUUUUGAAUUGAUGCAAAACGAAAACAUGUUUUUAUAUCCUUCAGGGGACUAAAAAUGAAAAUAUUUCUCCCCAUGUUUGUGCCGUGAAAUGACAGGUUACUAAAAAUUCACAUUGCCUGAAUAAGUUGUUGUGGCAUAAAAUUGAAUAAAUUCUUUAGUUUUGCAUAAAACUUUUCUCUGAAAUAACUCCUUCGCUUCGAUUUUAUUCAUUCUUAAACAUCUUAUUUUAUUCACAAAAUACGUGUUUGUAUGUUCAAUGCACAAAUUAACAUUUAAAUUUAUUCAAUUCUUCGCAUCGAAUACUCUAAAUUUAUAUAUUCCAUGUCAUUUUUCGUUGUUUAAUUAGUAUUAGCACUGACACUCUGAUAAUUGAAUAGGAUUCUACUUCUACUAGACCUUAAAAAUCGGAAAAUGCACGAAACAUACUUGAAAUUCGAAAAAUUGCCCAUAAAAUCAAACUUCGCUUUAUAGGGGAAUUUAAAAAUGAAACUAUGCUGUUCUAAAAUUGUUUAUACUUAUUACAGCUAUGAAUUUUGUAUAAAUACAAUAUUAGGUUAAAUAUUUUACACACACAAACACAUAUAAACAUAUAUUAUGGUGAAACACCGAAAUCUAGAGAAUGUCGACUUUCACUUUG